GAAAAAGAAUAUAAAAGUAUGGAUUUUAAUGGUCAACCUUCAGCAUCCAAUUGUACAUCACCAGACAGAAAGCGGUUACGUAGAGUGACACCAAAAUCUUCAAAUGUUUCACUGCCACAAAGUAAUAAACAAACAACAUUUCAAUGGAUAAAAUAUGAUGCGUCAUCUCUUAUUCCCAUUUUCCCAGAUGCUAAUUACGAGGAUUGUCGUUAUUUACUACCGCAUCAGCAAUUUGAAAAGUUUUUCGAUGAUGAAUUAUUGGGACACAUUUGCGAACAAAGUGCAAUGUAUGCGAUCGGACAGAAUAGACCUAACCCAAACAUAAUAGUCGGCGAACUUCGAGCAUUUAUUUGCAUAUUGGUCAUUACGAGAUACAAUUACCACGCCAAUUUCAGAAAUUUAUGGAGCCAAGAUGAAGAUAUUCGCAACAGCUUAGUGAGUAACACAAUGCGUCGAAAUAGAUUUCAGGAAAUUUUGCAAAAUCUUCACUUCGAAGACAACUCUAAUGCUUCUUCAAAAAACGGCGACGCCAAUCCCGAUAAAAUGUGGAAAUUGCGACCAUUGACUGAUCAUUUAAAAGCAAAAAUGAUUGAUCAUUUUCAUGCCGAACAAAAUCUAUCCUUUGACGAAAGUAUGAUUUCCUACUUUGGCAGACACGGAUGUAAGCAAUUUAUCAAGGGCAAACCAUUUCGUUUUGGGUAUAAAGUUUGGUCCCUUUGCACUCCAUCGGGCUAUAUGGUGAAUUCGAAAUUUACCAAGGAAAGAAUCCUCGUGCAAACGAAGAUUUUGAAGCGAAGUUUGGAAAAUGUGCUGCUCCUUUGUUAUCCUUUGUUAGCUUUUCUGAAAAGAUGUGGAUAUAAUGCCACGGGAACAAUCCGUGAAAACCGCAUUCCUGCAAGCUGUCUUCUGAUGCACAAAAAAAUUUUUAAAUCAAUGGAUAGAGGUUACUCGGAAUCAAUUGUUAUGAAAAGUACUGGUAUUCGUUUGGUGAAAUGGAAAGAUAAUAAUGUUGUCCGCUUAUUGUCUACCACUUUUGGUGAAAAUCCUAAGUCAAUGGCACAACGUUAUUCAAAGCAGAGUAAAUCCCGAAUAAACGUACCCCGUCCUUGUGCGAUCACUGAAUAUAACAAAUAUAUGUGUGGAGUAGAUCGUUUCGAUCAAAACUUGGACCAGUACCGCAUCGCAUACAGGGGGAAAAAGUGGUGGUCUAGCAUAUUUACCUGGCUGAUAGAUGCUUCUAUUCAAAAUGCUUGGCAGCUUCAUCGACGCAACUUGAAUUUCGACGACAACUGGCCGUAUACUAUUGCAGACAUUAUGGUACCAAAGCCAAAUCGCUUGGUCCCAUGACUUCUCACAGAUAUGCCCAGGAACUAUGUAAGUCGCGUAGAACACACUCUCCGGUACGAUCAAACUGGGCACUUUGUAGUGCCAUCAAAUCGUAGACGUUGUGCGGGUGGAAAUUGUAGCGUUAACGGGCGAACAGCAUGUGGAAAA